AUGAAAAUUAAUUCUGAGUUGAUUCAAGGGUCCCAUCAUUUCAUCAAUCCAUUGAAUGAACGACAACUUGAUUUAAGAGCCAAGAAAAUAACAGCCAUUGAAAAUUUGGGAGCUACUUUGGAUUUCUUCGACCACAUUGAUCUGGGGGAUAAUGAUAUCAAAAAACUAGGAAAUCUCACCUUGUUGAAAAGGUUAAAAACUUUAAACCUAUCCAAUAACAGGAUCACGAAAUUGACUGAUAUUUCUGACUCGUUACCCAACAUUGAAAACUUAAUUCUGAUGAACAAUAGACUUACAGACAUUAAUGAAAUGUAUUAAUUAAGAAAUUGCAAAAAGUUAAAGCGCUUGAUUUUGCAUGGUAAUCUCAUAACUCAACAACCUGAUUAUCGCUAUAAAGUUAUAGCCAUUUUACCUAAUCUCAAAGUUUUAGAUUUCAAUAAAGUGACAUUGGCAGAACGUGAAAAAGCAGUUGAAUCCUUCAAGCCCGACGAAUUGACAGAUUACAUGAAUUUAGUCAAUUUGAAAGAUGCCACAAUCGACAAAGAUCACAUUAAGAAAUUACUUGAGAAUGCCAAAACAUUCGAUUAAAUUAAUUAAUUGGAGAUGCUGCUAAAAUAAUAAUAAGUAAAAAAUUUAUCCAUCCUGAAUGAUUAAUGAUUAUCAAGUAUGUCAAUUCAAAUUGUAAAUCCAUUUAAACAAAUA